CGUGCCUGUGUUGCGUGAGAGCGAGCCGCCGCCGCUGCAGCCGCCCGGGAUGGGGAGACGCGCGUGGAGCUGCGGCGCCGCGGUGCUGCUGGCCGUCGCCUGCCGGUGUGGCGCCGCCACGCUGGACUCCGUCCGCUGGAGCGGCUCCGAUGCGAAAUUGCUUGAUUUGUCCGAUCCGCAGUGCCAAGAUAUUCCGUUUACUAUCAUUCGAGACAGAGGACACCAGCAAAUCUGCACAAAUUUACCGCAGGACAGGGUCUGGUCCUGUAUCCGCAGAUAGGGGACAAGAUGGACAUUGUGUGUCCCCGGGCGGACGCCCCCGCGGGGGGGAAGGAGGAGUUCUUCAAAGUGUACCUGGUAUCCCGAAGUCAGAUUGAGAGCUGCAAAAUCGACAAGACGGACACGCCCCUGCUGAACUGUGACAAGCCUUACCGGGAUGUCAAGUUCACGUUCAAGUUCCAAGAGUUCAGUCCCAACCUGUGGGGCUUGGAGUUCCUCAAGGGGAGGGACUAUUAUAUCACCUCCACCUCUACAGGGGCUCUCCACGGUCUGGACAACACAAAUGGAGGAGUGUGUAGAACCAAAUCCAUGAAGCUGGUGUUGAGAGUCGGCCAAAACUCCUCAGACCCAACUUCAGUUCUCCAGGAGUCUCCCACCAGGUUCCCCCCCACACGACCAAAGUCCAAGGACAAGGACCCCUCUGCGAAAGGACACGAUAGGAAAAGCAAAACUGACGCGGGAUCCGAUACGGGACAAACACGCCCGGGUGGCAGCGGGGACUCGGAGACACGGCUGUUCAUUUGGGUCUCCUCCGGCUGUGCGGCCGUCUCCCUGGCCGUCGUAGUUCUGCUGGCGCUGCUGUGGAGGCACCGCCGCGGCCACUGUGUCCCCGAGAGCCAGCCGUCCGCCUCCGUGUCGCUCAACACCUUGGCCGUGCCGAAGCGGGACAGCAUCAGCAGCGACAACAACGGCUCGGACCGCAGCGACGUGGUGUUUCCUCUGCGGCCCUCCGACAGCAUGAUCUGCCGUCACUACGAGCGCGUGAGCGGCGACUACGGCCCACCUGUGUACAUAGUCCAGGAGAUCACACCGCAGAGUCCGACCCACGUCUACUACAAAGUCUAGUGAAUUGCUGCUCUAAAGCCACCCUUUUGCUUACGUGUUGAUAUUUAUAGAUUUCAGGAGACAUGUUGGAGGCUACAGAUUUAUUACCCAAGGCUCUCAAGUCUCCAGACCGUUGACAGACAAACGUCAGUCUUUUACUCGCUCGGUUAACUCUGCACCGAGUGCACAAAAAGGCUGUUUAGCCACUUUGUUGUCUUGAAUUGUUUUCAGACAUGAACUCUGGAAAAUGUCCGGGCCGUUUUUUUCGGAGUUUGCCAUGCGAAGAGAGCGGCAGGAAAAUCCGACGUGGUCACACUAACGCCAACAUUUUCUGGAGCAUUCAGGUGAAGAGGUGGCUUCUGGGUAAAGCGAUCACCCGCUCGCUGUGAGUCUUCCGGACAUUUUCCUGCCGUAUUCUCACAUGGACUCACCAGGAAAAUCAAAAUCAAAUCAAAACAUAUGAUUCAGUAGUUGUGUUCGGAUACGUUAUGUCCUGUAGUGAUCAGCAAAUGCCAGUUUGUUUUCGUUCUUAUUUAACAAAGAAGUCUGUUGUUUCUCCCUGUCACUGUGGCAGCUCCGCUGUGUGUUUUUAAUUUAAUUUAUUGAUAAAAUGGAAUAAGAAAUAAUAUUGAUUUUGCACUCCAACAGACUAAAUUUGUGAGCACUUAAAUUUAGAUCUUCUUUUGUAACUGAAGUGUGUUAACUUGGCUUGAAAUGCUGUUCGGGGAAAUGAAAAGGAUUAUGGGGGUUUUAUUAUUGUAAAAACAAUGUCAAGGGAUUUCACUCUCAAUCUUUGUUUAAACAAUGCAGCUUCCUUUCUAUGGCUUUAUUUAGUCAAUUUAAAUCAUUUAAAAAUGUGUUUGAAUACACUUUAAUAUACGUCUUUGCGAAAUGAAAUUGCAAAAAACACUUUUUUGUUACUUACAUUUAAAAAAGAAGAAGUCAUCUUGUCUAUAGUCUCAUCUCACUGCAAACCAACAAUGGUAAAAGGUUCAAGUGACGGACACGCGAGCAGACAAUGAUUAGAAUGUGAUGAAAGUUUGAAUCUGAAUAAAUGGUGAGGUAUCACAGUG